CAGUAGUUCUUGUGGUUCCAAAGCAAACGAGUCACCUAAAUUUUAGAUUCUUCUCCAACUCCAACUGGCCUCACCUCCAUCUCUCUCCUACCUUUAAUUCCUCUCACCUCUUUAUAAACACCUAAAAUCCCCACCCUUUUUUUCAUCACUCAUUACCCUAUUAGCUAUUUCCUAAGUAGUUUCCUUUUGGAGUAACAGUGUCCUUUUCUUACAACUUUUUUUUUUUAUUUGUUCAAAGUAACAAUAUAAUAUGGCAUCGAGUUCACUUCGAUCAUCAUGGACUCCCCAACAAAACAAGUUGUUUGAAAGGGCUUUAGCUCAAUUCGAUAAGGACACACCUGAUCGUUGGCAAAAUGUGGCAAGGGCUGUUGGAGGUGGAAAAUCAGCUGAAGAUGUUAAGAGGCACUAUGAAAUACUUCUUGAGGAUCUUAGGCGUAUUGAAUCUGGCCAUGUCCCUUUUCCAACUUAUACGAAUAAUGCCAACAAUGGAGUUGGAGCUAAUGAAGAGCAUAGGCUUCUGAGGUAUAUGAACCUGCACUAGAGAAGAUGUUGACAAGAAGAUAAUAAGCUGGAUAUCACUAUAUCACUACCUAGAAAGUCAAGUGUAUCACCAACAAACAAAAAAAAGAUGCCCUUAAAAGUAUCUCUUUGAAAAUUCCAUUGUACCUUCUCCUAAUUAUGUAAAAUAUAAGAGUGUUUUCUUGCUACUUCCAACAUCAACAUGUUUUAGUGUAUUGUACUACCACAUUAUAUUAUCGAAUCAUAAGAAUCUCAUGUCUUUCCA